AUGUCUAAAGUUUGUUCCGAAUUUUAUGCCAUAGAUGGACAGGAAACUGAGGCUCAGGAUUUGAGACUAUACUUGAGAUACAUGGAGCAUGCACAUCAAUGUGAAGAAGCAGCACAAACCUGUCGUGAAUAUUUGAUAAAUAAAAAUUUUGAAAUGCUUCUAUGGAAAUUGAAUAGUACUAUUUCGAAUAUGAGAAUAGAAAAGCAAAAAUUUUCAAUCCCCAUAGUUAAUCAUGAUCAAAAAGUGAGUUCACAGCAAUUUAGAAAACAUGAUGAUUUAUUUGGUGGAAAUUCGAAAAGAGCGCUUAUUGUUGGAAGUUCAAAUUCAGGAAAAACCAAUCUGAUGCUUACACUAUUAGAGCAUCCAAAUGGUUCAAGAAAAGCAGUAAGGGAUAAAUUCCAAGCGCUCAAGUUAGCUUCUUCGACCGCACAAUUAGAAUUGGAGAAAGCGUAUAGGCCCAUUACACAACCACUUAAAGAAUUUAUUACAAAUAUUGGGAAAGCCGAACCACUAACAUUUAAAGAGGAAGAAGAGUUUAAUCCAAAAGAGGAGUUUUCAACCCCAAAAUCUUCCUAUAAAACUUCAACUCCAACUAGAGAAAAAACUCGAAAAAGUGGAAAGACUCCUAUUCUACCUUUUGAACAACCGUCAUUUUUUGAUAUGUCCAUAAAUCGAUUACCUUCAGUGAGGGAGGUGGCUUCACUAAGAGAGAUGCCUCCAAUAAGAGAAGAAGUGACAUUCGAAAGCUCACCUCAAUCAUCGACUGAAACAAUUGGAAAUUUAUCUGACAUUUUGGAACAAACAAAGCAGUCAAUACAAACCUAUGUUGGGCAUCCAGUCUAUCUGGAUUGGUUGAGUGAUUUUCACGAGUUACCUAGAACGUAUAUUGACGAUAGUGUGAAGGAUACAGAACACAAAUUUGAUCACAAUUAUGGUAUUGUCCACGAUCUUGAAACAAACAAUUUUUUUUUGGGAUCCACUCAAAUUCCUGUUAACCUUGUUAGUAAAGAUAUAAAAGUACUUGAUAUUCUUUACCCAGGCACCCAAGGGCUGUAUGAAUUAUUAUUUAAAAAAGAACCUGUGGGCUAUAAAAAAGCCGAUUUGGAUAAUUACAUGGAUAUAUUAACUCGAACUAAUGCGUACCGCAGAAAUAAUAAUCCCAAUGAACAAGUACAAGGAAACAGUUCAGUAAAAUACGUUACUAUUAUCGGACCAUAUUUAUAUAAAAAAGGAAUCACAAAAUCUAAAACAAUCAUUCCCAGACCGGUAUUCGAAAAACCUAUAGCUCCUUAUAGAGCGGCUAAAAAAAAAAGCUCAGAUUGGAAAAGGUCUAAUUUUGAAACAAGAACUGAAAGAAGCGAAAGUUAUACUAUAAAUAGUGAAAGAUGGGGUGAAAGGAUCAGUCUUUUGUUUGAAGAGAAAUAUGACGUUUUACCAUUUGUUGGCAAACACAACCCAGCAGAAAAGAAUUUGGUGUUAUUAGGAGAUGGUUUAAGAACUUCAUACAGAUAUCCAUUCGAAUCGGGAACUAUAUUAAGCGGUGAAUAUCCUAAAAAAGAUGUGAGUUUGUUGAUUAACGGAAAAACUGGCAAAUUAGAGGGUAGAGAGAUUAAAAAAAAAUGA